GCCGUUCGAGCCGCGCGCGUGCGCUGGCGCGCGGGAGGACGGCGCCCCCUCCGUCUGCCGCCUGGGCGGCCAUGAGGCGGAAAGCCCCGGAGGCCGGGGCCGAGGCCGAGGCCUGCGGCGUCUGGCUGGACACGGCGGCCCUGAAGAGGCGGCCGGUGCAGGCGGUCCUGUCCAGCGUCGCUGUCACCAGGCUGGUCGCCAGGCGGGCGACGACGGGCCUCGGGAGAGAAGCGCCAGCCCGCGUCCCCAAGGCGAGGAUGCCAUCUGCGGGCCACAGGCAGACUCACAUCGCUUCAUUUUUCCCCGUCAAACCCGCAGGCCAAACCGUCGGUGGAGGGAGCGUGAGCGCGCGACGCGGCGCCGAGGCGAAGAGGCCAACUGCUCAGAGUCCUCGCCCUCACCCGCCGAGCCCCAGGGAGCGGCGGACCCCUCCGCCGGGGGUCCGGGCCGCCGUCCGCUCCCCCGUCCUCCCACGGGAGCCCACGGCCUCCCCGGCCCCCGCCGGCCAGCGCCUCCGGGGCCCGCUCCAGCCCCCGCCGCGCUGCUUCGUUCCUCCCAGGGAGGAGGACUCGCUUGCGUGUGCUUUCACGCAGGAUUCGGAAGGCUACCGGGUCCUGGCCCACGGGCGGACAGAGGCAGGAGGCAGCCCGCCCCGUGGCGGGGCGGGCCGCCGGAGCCCCGGCCCCUCCGUCGCCGGCUGCGGCCGGCUCUUCGCCGAGGACUCCCAGGGAUGCGGGGUCACCGCUCGCCGCCGGCCUUUCCGCGAGACCACCAACCUGCAGGGGGGCAGCCCCGGCCCGCCCCCCGCCCCCCGGUCCCUGUCGCUCGGGUCCCAGGCCGCACUGCUCUUCUCCCAGGACUCGCAGGGGAACAGGGUGAUCAAGCACAGGCUGGGCUGAGCAACCGGGGGACGGCGG